AUAAAAUUAAAAGGAGUCGAGGAUCAUAAGGAAAUGGAAUGAAAAUUAUCACGGCAUCGCCCUUGGGUACCGGUUAUAGCUGCAAAAUCAUCUUUAACCCAAUCGAAUAAAAGUAGCCCGAGUUUAUCCGUGGUGAAAGCUACCUUCAUUACAAAUUUCUUCGAAAUCGGACCAGUAGUUUGAGUGUGAUGAGGUUAAAAAUAUAUACACAUACAUACAAACACACACACAUUUGCUUUUAUAACAUAGUUAUAGCCACUAGAAGCAGCUGAUUGAAAAGCUACAUACAACCUAAAGAAAUAUUGCAGUUACUUUGUGGAAAAGAUAUACCCAUUCUUCAGCAUGCAGUGCCCUGGCUUGCUGCCAUUACUUCCAAAACUACUGGAAAAGUAUGCAAGCAUGAUGAGAAAACAUAUUUUUAAACCUUCCUCAAAAUGUACAUUACCAACCAUCGCAAAAACAAGAAAUAUAAGCAAACUUUAACCCGAAACAUUAAUCAAUCUUUUGCACAAAUAGGCACCUAUUUACAUAAAUAUAAAUGCGUAUUAUGCAACAGUAAUAGCCGUAUUUACGAAUCUAUACUCAGUGAAAACUUAACGGAAGACGGUGCAAAAUGAUUGUUAUUGCAAUCAUUCUUAUUUGUAUCUUACUUUAUAUCCAAGGAACGAAAAAUUUUAAAUACUGGGAAAAGAAAGGCAUACAAUACUGCAAACCGACCCCUUUCUUUGGAAACAGUUUGAGGAAGUAUUUGCGUAAGAUCAGUCCCACUGAUCAACUAGCGGAAAUCUAUAGAAACUUUCCUGGACAAAAAUGUGUGGGAUGCUUCGAAUCCAACCACAGGAGCCUUGUUCUUCGCGAUCCACAGUUAAUUAAACAUGUUCUUGUGACAGAUUUCCUCAAUUUUUAUCCAAAAGGCAUGAAUAUACAUGAGACUGAGCCGCUUAUGAACAAUUUGUUUUCCGCUGAUGGUGAUUUGUGGAAAGUUUUACGACAGAACAUGAGUGUAGCGUUCACGACUGGAAAACUGAAAUCAAUGUUCCCAGUACUUUUAGACCAGGCUAAAAGUCUGGACGAAGUUGUUUUGAAGUGUUCGGAAAAUGAUCAAGAGAUUGAUGUGAGGGAUUUAAUGGCUAGAUACACAACGGACGCCAUUGCUGCCUGCGGUUUCGGCGUAGACGCGAAUUCUUUAAACGAUGAAACUUCGAUCUUUAGAAAAUUGGGAAAAAGAAUCUUUAAUGUCAACUUACGUGAUUACCUUGUCUUCAUGUUAAAGUUCCUUGCGACCGACACAUUCAAAUACUUAAAUUUCUUCGCCCCGGAAGUGGAAAAGAAAAUAUACGGAAUCGUCAACAGUGUUAAGGAAGCCCGAAAUGGCAAGCCAAUAGGGAGAAAAGAUUUCAUGGAUAUUCUACUAGAAAUGCAUAAUAAGAAAACAAUAAUCGGUGAAUCGUUGACCAAACGCGACGAAAAUGGUGUCCCAGAAAAAUGUGAGAUCGUUUUAAACAGUGAAUUGUUAACGGCACAAGCGUUUAUACUUUUUGGCGCGGGAUACGAGACGUCGGCGGCUUCUAUAAGCUUUGUACUAAACCAAUUAGCUUACAAUAAAGAGAUACAAGAGAAAUGCCAAAAAGAAAUAGACACAGUUCUAGAAAAACACGGAAAGAUAUGUUACGAAGCAAUCAGUGAAAUGAAAUAUCUCGAAAUGGUUUUUAAAGAAGGUCUACGUAUGUUUCCACCAAUAGGUUUUUUAAUAAGGAAGUGUGCAAGGGAAUACACGUUUCCAGACACCAAUUUGACGAUAGACAAAGGGGUUGUGGUUUUAAUUCCGUUGCAAGCAAUGCAGAAUGAUGAGAAAUACUUUGAAGAGCCGGAUAAGUUUAUCCCGGAGAGAUUUCAUCCUGAUAACGCGCGGGAAAUGAAACAGUUUUCGUUUCUGCCGUUCGGGGCUGGACCACGAGCUUGUAUUGGUCAAAGGUUCGGCAUUCUCGGUUCGCUGACCGGCCUGGCCACCAUUUUAAGCAAGUACACAGUGGUGCCAUCUAUGAACAGCCGGAGAAAGCUGAUGACAGAUCCAACCAUCGCUCUAGUGCAGAAUAUAAAAGGCGGGAUACCUUUAAAAUUUGUAAAGAGAGAGGUUACUUGUUAAAAAAACAAAACAAGACAAGACAAAAACAAGGUCUGCAAUUAUUGUUCGCUGGUCAACUAUUUCUGGCAAUUUUACACUAUCUUAUGUAAAGUAGGUGUUUUUCGGUCAUCAAAUGUUCGGGCUACAGUUAAGACAAUAUCAGUGUCUGUCUCACACAUCGUACAUAAAUAAAUAAAGUAUAUGGCACGAUGUUUAUAUUGAUAACUAUUCCUUCAUCGAAAUAUCCCAGGUACAUUGUUAUGUAUCGGUAGUAUAUUUUAAGAAUGGAGUUUUUCAUUUGGGCACCACGCGUAUACAGCCAUUAUUCUAACUAUUUAGAAGUAGGUACCUACAAAAAAUAUGUACUUGAAAUAUUGAUUUUGUUUCCAAUAAUUUUAGGCGUCUUUAGACUAGCUUACUUUGAGGUCCAUUAUAACAUUGGCAUUGUCGGUAUUUUCACUAUACUAGGUUAAUAAUAUAUGCGAUCACUAGUCCAGCGUAUUAAAUGACUAUGUAUUUUGUCAUAGGUGAUAGAUGAUAGGUGCAUAACUAAAUAAAACAAGACCAAUAAAUAGACUUUCAAUAAACUUUAAUCUUUAUAAUAA